CAAAUGGGUCCCCUCUACAAAAUCUCCUAUAUGCCUAAUUGAUCUGAUUUGUCAACGUUUCAACCAGAGUUAUACUCAAAAAAAAAAAGACUUUUUAAAACUGUGGCAUUGUACGCUAUAUAUAAAUCGGAGUUGCAGAUUUAGCUGGGCGAAAGGAUCCGGCUGAGAAAUGGGAGAUGGAAGCAGAAAUAGCAGUAAUAGUAGUAAUAACAAUAACAGCAAUAUUGUUAGGCCCGCAUGGCUUCAGCAAUAUGAUCUGAUGGGCAAAAUUGGGGAGGGCACAUAUGGCCUUGUUUUUCUUGCGCGGAGUAAAUUGCAGAGCAACAAGGGCAUCUGUAUUGCCAUAAAAAAGUUCAAGCAGUCCAAGGAUGGUGAUGGCGUUUCUCCGACUGCUAUCAGAGAGAUAAUGCUACUCAGGGAGUUAUCUCAUGAAAAUGUUGUCAAACUUGUGAACGUGCACAUAAAUCAUAUGGACAUGUCUCUUUACUUGGCAUUUGACUAUGCAGAACAUGACCUUUAUGAAAUUAUUCGGCAUCAUCGGGAGAAGCUUAACCGUGGUAUUUAUCAAUAUACUGUUAAGUCCUUGCUUUGGCAGUUGUUGAAUGGUUUGAACUAUCUUCACAGUAAUUGGAUUGUACAUCGUGACCUUAAGCCAUCUAAUAUCUUGGUUAUGGGUGAUGGUGACGAGCACGGUGUAGUCAAAAUUGCUGAUUUUGGGCUUGCUAGGAUAUACCAGGCUCCCUUAAAACCAUUGUCUGACAACGGGGUUGUUGUAACCAUAUGGUAUCGUGCACCAGAGCUACUUCUCGGGGCAAGGCAUUACACUAGUGCUGUUGACAUGUGGGCUGUAGGUUGUAUUUUUGCAGAAUUGCUGACACUAAAACCACUUUUUCAAGGCGUGGAGGUCAAAGUUGCACCAAAUCCAUUUCAGCUUGAUCAACUUGACAAGAUAUUUAAGGUCUUGGGUCACCCAACACCAGAAAAGUGGCCAACACUGGUCAAUCUACCACAUUGGAGUUCAGAUAAGCAACAUAUUCAACAGCACAAAUACAGUGACAAUACAGGUUUACAUAAUGUCGUUCAUCUUCCUCUGAAGAGCCCGGCUUAUGAUCUCCUUUCAAAGAUGCUUGAGUAUGAUCCUCGCAGGCGCAUCUCAGCAGCACAAGCUUUGGAGCACGAGUACUUUCGGAUGGAUCCUUUACCAGGACGCAAUGCACUUGUACCUAGCCAACCUGGUGAAAAGGCUGUCACUUAUCCAGCUCGUCCAGUGGACCAGGGUGCAGAUUUUGAUGGGACAAAUACUGCCCAGACUUCUCAGGUAUCAUCUGGGAUAGCAGUAUCUGGUUCUGUAGCAGCUGCUGCAGUGGCUCCUGUUAGGCCAAUGCCUCCAAUGCAGGCGGUGGUGGGUAUGCAGAGAAUGCCAAAUUCAAAUAUGGCUGCUUUCAAUUUGGGUGCUCAAGCAAGCAUGGCAGGAAUCAAUCCUAACAUUCCUUUCCAACGUGGUCCUCAGCAAGCACAUCAACAGGUUCGAAGAAAAGAUCCAAGUACUGGGUUUCCGAAUGCAUAUUCAGGGUCACAACAAAAAAGACGCCUUUAAAAUCAUCUAUUUGAAGUUUCUAGAUGUAUAUUGAGCGCAUUAAGGCUGCUAUCCAUGUCUCUACAUACAGCUGAUUGGACUGUAAGCAGUAACAGCAUCUAAUCACUGGCCUUGAACAAUCAGAUGCAUAUCAUGAGAGCCACAAUCAAAUCUUGAAUGUUAGCCAUGUUGGAAUGUACCCCUGAUGGCUAAAUAUCUCACUCAAAUUCAGUAACAGGCUUUACUCUUAAACACAGUUUUUCUGCCCGUGUCUGCAAGAUAACGAUAACAUUAUAAUCUGAAUAUUACCAAAUCAUUGGGAUUUUAUUCGCAAGCAAGAGGGCGCAAUUUGGAAUAAUGUUAUUUCAGCAAUGGAGCAGUGAGAUCAGUCAAGCAAUUAUUCUUUUUGUUUUUUCUGUAUGUGAAAGCAGUGAUGCUCUGGAUGUAAGAAUGCCUACACAUUGCAGCCAGGCAGAAUAUCUUAGGUAGCCUAAAUAUUGUCCAGAGAAUCCCUUUCCCUCAAGAAGUUCCAAUUAUAUAACAAGUCCGAAAAUAUGUUUACCAAUCUUCUUUCAGAGUCAAUGUAAUUUAGUUACGUAGGCACCAUUCUUGAAUUAACCACAAACAUUGUAAACAUUUUUUUUGAAUGCAUGAGAAAUUCACCUGAA